GUAUCCCAGAAUGCCAGGCCGCGGAUGGUGGUAAAUCGCGCAUGCGCAGUUUGACCUCCCUCUUUGGCUUCGCACCUCUCCUGCUAAAAUGGCCAAGCGCACCAAGAAGGUGGGAAUUGUGGGAAAAUAUGGCACCCGUUAUGGUGCUUCCCUCAGGAAGAUGGUGAAAAAGAUUGAAAUCAGCCAGCACGCCAAGUAUACCUGCUACUUCUGCGGCAAGACCAAGAUGAAGAGACGUGCUGUCGGCAUCUGGCACUGCACAUCCUGCAUGAAGACUGUAGCUGGAGGUGCUUGGACAUUCAACACGACAUCUGCCGUCACAGUCAAGUCUGCCAUGAAGAGACUGAAGGAGAUGAAAGACCAGUAGGCUGGACUGUAGUUUUUGUACAGAUUAAGACAUUAAAAACACCAUGUCUUGGA